CAGGCUGUGCUGUUGACUUGGAAUGACUUGGAAAUUGGAAUGUGAUUUUUUUUAAACAUUUACUGCUUCUGUGGCUCUAUUACCCUCCCACCAAACGACAGCCAAUCGUGUUCUGUCAACCAUUGUGGAAGAGAAAAUAAGUAUUUAAUUAGACACUCGAGCAUAAACUAAAUGCGUACCGUCAGCUGGAGAGAGUGAAUUGAAGAAACUACAUCAUGGACUACGUUAUUACAAAGUAGUAGCCAACACACUUGGAUAAAUGCGGAGAACAAUUCAUGAUGGUCAUUUUUUGUUUGAUUAAAAAAUAACCCUUCGUAUGCUGGUAUUAUGAAUAUUAGUACUUUUCUAAAACAUGGGAACACAGAUGGACUGCUGCUCCAGCCGCUGUGGGAUGAUCUGCGAGCACAACGGGAGUUCCUCACGUCACCUUUCCUGCCCGCAUGCUUCGCUUUCCUCAUCCACCUUCUCCUCUGCGCACCUUUUCUAGCCUUUGAAGCGCUGGGAUGUUUCUGGCCACGGAUAAAUCUCUACAGGAUCUCGAGGAACGCUGAAUCGUUGCUGUUGUGUUUGCAGCGAUGGGUUGGCUGCUGUUGGAGGAUUUUUCUGAAAUACCUGACAACUGUUCUCCCAGCCACCGCGCUUUAUCAAAGAGUUAGGAUUCCAAGAUUUCCCGAACUCUCGCCAUCAUGCAGCCUGCUCAUUGGGGAGGUUAUCGCGUGCCUACUUUUAUUUGACGCGCUGUUCUUUAUAUGGCAUUAUUCCAUGCAUCGGGUUCCCUGGCUGUAUCAGAGGGUCCACCAGACUCAUCACCAGAACCGGAUCACCUUCGCCCUGACUGCCCAGGACGCCAGCCCGGCUGAGCUACUCUCCCUGCAGAUGCUGGCCCUGAGCAGUGCCUGGGUGGUGGGCUGCCACCCUCUGAGUGAGGCCCUGUUCCACCUGCUCAACACCUGGCUGGCCAUAGAGGACCACUGUGGCUACGACCUGCCCUGGGCUAUCCAUAGACUACUGCCCUGCUUCGGAGGGGCCCCCUUCCACCAGGCACACCACCACAUCUACAGGGGCAACUAUGCCCCCUACUUCAGGCACUGGGACUGGCUCUGUGGGACCUACCUGGGGGUAAGGGAGGAGGCUGGGAGUAAACAUGGAGGGAGGACAAUGAGGAGAAGGAGAAGAAAGAAGAGCCUUGGAUCUGACUGUGUGUGCGCACAAGCUUGCAUGUGUUAAAAUGAAUGUAAUCUCUGAAGCAAACAAAGAACUGACAUGUUAGGUAGCAUCAUUAGUACAGUGAGUACAGGCUAAAACAUGGGUUAUGUGUACUUGUGUUUGUAAAUUACAGGUGGUUAUAUGUUGACUCAAAUGGAAUAUUUGACAAGCAUUAGAUAUGUGAAAUGUGAAAAUAAAGGACAGCCGCACACUCUAGGAGCUCAGAUGCAAAAAUGUCAUGUACAACGUUUUGACAGACAAGCUGUCUUCAUCAGGGUAUAAUGACAAACACUGCGGGGUGACUCGUUUAUAUAAUGUCAAAAGACACAUGCAGGUGUCUGUAAUCAUGGCUUGGUGUGACCUGACAUCAUUGGUUCAUUCUCAUAUAUUAAAAUAGCAUACAAAAAUCAUAAAUGGAUAGCGUAUGAUCGUAGAUACAAUUUGGCUACAUAAGCCUACAAACAUUUACAGUAGCAAAAUCACAAUAAUCACAAGAAUGGCUUCAGAUCAAAGUCUACGUUGAGACCAAAGGGAGCAAGGGUCUUUAUAUUAAA